GAGCGGCGGCGGCCGCUGCCCCCCCGCCGGCCCCCUCCCUCCUUCCUGCCGCCCCGCUGAUGUCAGCCGAGCCCCGCCGGGGCCGCCGCCGCUCCGCGCCCGCCCGUGAGCACCCCCGGCCGCGGCUGCGCCGGGGAACCCGCGGCCGCCCGCCCGCCUGAGCGCCGCGCUGCCCCCCCUGCCCUCCCCCGAGCCCAGCGGGAGCCGCGGCGGCCGCAGCCGCGUUGCGGCGGGGAGGUGGGAGCCGCGUUUGGCAGCCGGGGAAGGCAACGUUAUAAAAAGCCUUUGUCUUGGGAAUCGGCAUCGCAUCUCUCCUGCCGCCCGACGUGCUGCCGGCGGGGGCGAAAGCCACAUUUUCGGCUCGUUUGUUCUUUUCGCCGCCCCAGGCAUGUCUUGACACAGCCGCGAGAGAGCUCGGCGUUUCCAUGCACUUCCGACGGAUGUCUUCGGCUGGGGCGAGAGCGGUGGGGGUUUGAGACUUUGUAGCGUAUCUCGGUGCGAGCGUCCGUGAGAUUCCCAUGAUCGCAGUGUGAAGGAGGAAGAACUGGGAGAAAGAAGCGGUUGUGGUGGUUUCUCUUCUUGCUGGGUCAGCCUUCCUGGAUGGUUGCAUUACUGUCUUGUGGACACAUUGUCAAGCGCGCACAGAGAAAAGAGGCUUAAUUCUUUCCCCCCGUGUUUGGUUUCCGUCGUGAUCUCUGUGCAGAAAUCACCACUUUUCUCCCAGUUCGCCGGUCCGCACUGAGCAGCAGGAAUAUGCUCAUGAAGGAGUACCGGAUCUGUAUGCCUCUGACAGUUGAAGAGUACAGAAUUGGACAGCUGUACAUGAUCAGCAAGCACAGCCAUGAGCAGAGUGACCGAGGGGAGGGUGUGGAAGUGGUGCAGAAUGAGCCCUAUGAGGAUCCCAACCAUGGCAAUGGGCAGCUGACAGAAAAACGAGUCUAUCUCAACAGCAAGCUGCCUAGCUGGGCUAGAGCAGUUGUUCCCAAAAUAUUUUACGUUACAGAGAAGGCCUGGAAUUAUUAUCCUUACACAAUCACAGAAUACACAUGUUCGUUUUUGCCUAAAUUCUCCAUUCAUAUAGAGACAAAAUAUGAGGACAACAAAGGAAGCAAUGACAGUAUUUUUGACAAAGAAGCAAAAGAUCUGGAGCGAGAAGUUUGCUUUAUCGAUAUUGCCAGCGACGAGAUUCCCGAGCGCUAUUACAAGGAAUCAGAGGAUCCCAAAUACUUCAAGUCACAGAAAACUGGGAGAGGCCAAUUGAAAGAAGGCUGGAGAGAGACCCAUCAGCCAAUUAUGUGUUCCUACAAACUUGUGACUGUGAAAUUCGAAGUCUGGGGACUUCAAACCAGAGUAGAGCAAUUUGUACACAAGGUGGUCAGAGACAUCCUGCUGAUCGGUCACCGGCAGGCGUUUGCCUGGGUGGAUGAGUGGUAUGAUAUGACUAUGGAUGAUGUUCGAGAAUACGAGAAAAAUAUGCAUGAAAAAACCAACAUUAAAGUUUGCAACCAACAUUCAUCUGCUGUGGAUGAAAUAGAGAGCCAUGCCAAAGCAAGAACAUGACAAUGGAUGAAGUCCGAGAGUUUGAACGAGCCACUCAGGAAGCUACCAACAAGAAGAUUGGGAUUUUCCCACCGGCAAUAUCUAUCUCUAGCAUUUCCAUGCCUUCCUCAACCCGCAGCGCUCCAUCUAGUG